CAGUUUAUUUGGAUUUUAGAAUUGUAAUAGGCAAACAGUAAGAAAUGUUAGCCCUGAAAUAAAAUAAAAUUUACCACAAAAUACAAAUUACAAUACUAUUUUUUCUCUGUGCCAUAUCGUACUAUUAAAACUUAAUAUUAGGAUUUUUUAUAAUAUAUUAAUACUAUCACGUUAUAGUUACAAUUGUUGUAAUUUAGUUUUUUAUUUAUUGUGGAAUUUACAAAAGUUGAUACCUACCUAAUUAAUAAAAUGUUAAAUGCAAAUUCAUAUUAUGAUUCUAUCUUCAACUCGUAAUAAUAAACUACAGGGGAAUUAGUAUUUAUUACAUUUAAAAUGAAUUCAACUGAAAAAAUUCUGAAAAACUUGAGUGCAGAUAAAAUGUCUCAAGUUGUUGCAGGUGUGCAAGCAGAUUUAGAUAAUGAAAUAAUCAAAACAAAACAAACUCUAGAUCAAAUUGAUCAAAAUAUUUUUACUUGUAUCAACAAUUUAAAAAAACUUAGAAGAAGUAUCAUUAUAUCACAUUAUGCAAAAAUGAAAAAUAAUGCUGAUGGUCAUAAAAACAGUCAAAGAGAUGCCCUUCUGAAAAACUUGGAUUGUGAAGACGAAGCAAAAGAUUUGAGUGUAUUUAUGACAAAUCUGAAUAGUGUAUCGACACAAGCAAAAACUGAACCCAUGAGCAACAUUGAAGAAUUAAGCAAAACCAUCUUACAAAAUACUUUACCUCCCGCAAACUUUAUUCCUAAGACUGGGUUGAUAGAUUUAACAUUUGUUAUUGGAAAUAUUGUUAAAAUAAGUGAUUCUGAAAAUGAAAUGAAAUACAAAUGGACUGUUUAUGUUCGCAAUGCAGAAGAAGGAGUUGACAAUUUGAUUUACAUUGACAAAGUAACAUAUUUCUUACAUGAAUCCUAUGAACCUAACCAUAUUGUAGAUGUAAUUAAAAAACCAUUUUCAUUAACAAGACAUGGUUGGGGAGAAUUUGUAAUUCGCUUACGUUUGCACUUCAAAGGGAACAUGAAUGUUAAAACUGAUGUUUACCAUAAACUGUGCCUGAAUAAAGACAUAACAGUUGGUAUCCCAAUGGUUGCUAAAGAACAAACUGUUAAGUACAAAUUAUUACUGCACAAAUAGAAGUAUUUUUUAAUGUAGAUUUAGACUUUGUAAAUUGUGUACA